AUGGGGCUUCAUAAGGCUGCGAUGUGGGCUGGAUUUGAAAAAGGGGAAGAUGAGUUGGGCUUUCUUCUUGGGAAUCAUGAGGAGAAUAAUAGCUGCUCAAACUGGAUACUUCAACAUUGGAACGAUCACAAGCAGCUCGUCGUGGGUCUUGAUGUCGAAUGGCGUCCAAGUUUCAGCCGCCGCGUUGAGUACAAGGUUGCCAUUUUACAGCUUUGCGUGGAACACACUUGUCUGGAAUUUCAACUCCUUUACGUGGAUCACAUACCCAAUUCUCUCAUCGAUUUCCUGAAAAACCCGAAUUUGAGGUUUGUUGGAGUAGGAAUCGAGGGGGAUGUCGAGAGGCUAUUGGAGGAUCACGAAUUGAAUGUCUUGAACAAUCUGGAUCUUCGUUCCUUGGCAGCAAAGAGGUUGAGUAUGCCGGAGCUUAGGAGUUCUGGGUUGAAAGAGCUAACAAGAGAGGUACUUGGAAAAGAAAUAAGGAAGCCCAAGAAGGUAACGAUGAGUAGAUGGGAUGUAGAGUGGCUCACAUACGAUCAAGUUCAAUACGCUUGCCUCGACGCUUUUCUUUCUUUCGAGAUUGGAAAGAGUUUGUUGCAGAAGAGACGAAGAACUGGAGAAUGA